AUGAAUGCUCUGGCGACGUCCGGCCCCGGGCCCCGGGUAGUCCACACCGGCCGGGCUUUUUCACAAGUACGCAGUGCGACAGGAGGGCAUGGGUUCGGAACCUUGACGGAGGGCGCGGGCGAUUCUUUCCAAGGGCCGCCGAGAAAACUGCCGUCCGAAGAAGGCAGUCGGGCUCGCCCUCCUCCGGCAGCCAAGGGAUCCGUGACAUACGUCGGCACAAACGCGGAUGGCAGCUGUCUGCUGGUAGGAACGACGGAGGGAUUCCUCGUCUGGACUGUCCAGCCACUCAGGUGUGUGUACACCUGCGCCUGCGGCCCAGUCACUUUGGUGGAAAUGCUUUUCCGCACCAGUCUAGUUGCGGCAGUCGGAAGCGGCCUUUCACCGACUUCGAGUCGUCGCCUCUUGACCCUUUUCAACUGCCGCGUCCCGCCGCCUUCAGCAUCUCCUUCUGCGGCGUGCUCGGUGUGUGUGCAUACAGCCGAUGGGUGCAGCGUGGGUAUGGAGGCGGUGAAGGCUUCACUCGUUCUCCCUGACGCGAUUGCGGCCGUGCGGCUGACCCCGGAGCGUUUGGUGGCCUGUCUGCAUCGCGAGAUCCAUGUGUUUGCCCUACAGAACCUCUCUGUCUUACACAUCAUUCAGCGAGAUCAGCUUUUUGCUGUGGAGCCCUACCCGGCGCCGCACCUCCAGCGGCGGUCGCCAGCUGAGAAGGCCGUCGACUUCCUUCGUCCGGCCGCGCUGGCGACCAAAGUCCUGGCGGAGACAGUCGCCCAGGCCGUGGCGUCGGUAGAGACCACGGAAGGCUACUACGGAAAGCUGUCGAGGGAGGAACAGGAGGAGGAAGACGACGACGAAUGCGACGCGGUUUUCAGCCUCGAUGCGUGCGACCCCUACCUCCGGCAGCGAGACAGGAUAUCGAGCGGCGACGGUGAGCUGUCUGCCAGGCGACGCGCAGCAGCGGCCGCGGGCGACGAGCGAGCCGAGGAAAAGCUGAGAAGGAGGCGAGCCACUGAAGCUGCCACCGAGGCCGCAGGAUGGCGAAAAGGGCAAGGAGGAGACGGUGUUUGCGCGGUCUGCUGGACGCCACAACGGAGCUUUUUGGCCGUUCCAGGAGUCAAAGGGCGUGCACCGCGAGCCGUGGGCUGCGCGGCUCCUCUGCGCUUCGACGCGACGACGAGACUGCCUUCAGUGUCACGUUCGUUUACCGCCUCAGGCGCGGACGUCGCGCCGACGCCUUUCUCCUCGCUCUCGUCUUCCCCCGGCGUUGUCUUCCUCUUUGACCUUGCGUCCCUGCGCUGCCUCGGGUGGCGCACUGCGCACGCGCAUCGGCUCACGGCGAUGAACUUUCACCACGCAGGCACGCGACUUGCGACACUUUCCUCGCGGGCGACUCUCGCGCGGGUUUUCUCCGUGCCCGACUUGACUGCGAUUGCGACGCUGCGCCUGAGCCGGCCGUCGCCUGAAUGCCCGCUGUCGCUGCCGCCAAAGAAGAUUCCCCGUGCUUCUGUUCCUCGGCGUCGAACUGGCAGGCGGCGCAUCGAGUACACGGUUGCAUCGCUCUCGCUGUCUCUGCCUUCUUCGUCUGGGUCGUCGCCGCCGGCUUCGCCUAGCGCAGAUGGCGCCGAAUCCACUCUUUCUGCCGCCGCAGCCUGCAGCCAUGGGGGCUCGGGUGACCCCGUUCCUCUCGAAGAGAAAGGCGACGGAGGUCGCGGCUUCGCGUCCCGUCCAGUUCCUUCUCCUCCUUCACCGAGGCCCGCGGCAGUGUGUGGAGAGUCGGGGUAUGCGACGCCUCUGAGUGCCCGUCGCGCGUCGCCUGGAGACCCUCUCCGCGCAUCUGCGGCGACCUCGCCGUGCGCGCCGUUCUCUCCUUGUCUGCCCUCGUCCUCCACUCCGCCCACCUCUGCUUUCUCUUCUUCUUCUCGCUCUCAUCCUUCUGUUUCCGAUGUGGCCUGUGGCAGCCGCGCGGAGGCCCGCUUUUGCUACGCUCCUUCCACCGGGGCCCCGCCGCCCAGCAACAACCGCCACGCGACCUCAGCCGCGUCGCCCUCCGCGCCCCCGUCGGCGGCCUCCGCGACCAGGGCAGACAAACUGCGGAGGAAGAAGGAGCGCGAGGAGAGUCGCCGCGCGCUGCUCCGCGUCAUGUCCUCUUCUCACAGACUGGAGAAGCAGAAAAGCGAGGAGCUCAAAGGACCCGCACCGUCGCCGGCUGAGGCGCCGCAGCUGCAGAGGGCAGGGGACAAGACGACCGCAGCGCCGCAGGCGCCCGCUGCACUCACAGACAGGAGGAAGAGUGGACACGCACCUGGCGAAGAUGCCGUAAACGCGGCAGGGCGCGACCCGACGUUUAGCGCGGCCUCUUCUGCUGUGCAGGCGUCACGGGAUGAGGCGAGCGAUGCGGGGGCGCAGCAUGCGAGGCCGACAGACUGGAAGUGUUCAGGAGCCAAGGGAGGAAGCCAGGAAGAAGGAACGGGCGAGAUGGCAGACGCGACCCCACGGCCUUCGAGAUGCGGAGGUGGUAGCGCAGCAGAAGAAGCAGAGGCAGCGGAGCAGGCCGCCCCGCCAAGAAGACGCCCCGAAGGAGGAGACAGGCAAGGCGACAACGACCGCGAGCACACGGGGGGAGCACUCCUCUCAGAGGUGCGCGGAGAAGAUGAAUUCUCUUCUCCCUUCGUCACGCCGCGAGGCCAGCUGAGCCCGGACAGCAUUUUGUCGCCUUCGCCGAGCACGGCCGCCAUACUCGACGCAGGGUUGGCAUCUGCUCUCCCGACACACGAGCGGGAUACUCUCGCGCUUCUGCUUCCCGCAAACGUGUCUCCUUCGUCUCCCUGCUCGCACUUGUCUGUCGCGCUUGCCCCGCUGGCGGAGCCUUCGCUUUGUUCUCUCUCGCCACCGCCGCCUGCGUGUGCUUCUUCGACGGGCGAGGCCUGGGCUUCGAAGCCCCUCGCGAAAACGACAGACGUCCCAGAGGCGUCUUCCGCGCUCUCCGCGCCUCCGCUUUCGCUCUUUGGAUGCCAGUCCCCGUCGGCGUUCAUUUUCCCGCCGUCGCCUCUCCUCGCACACUCGCGUUCGUUCUCCGCGUCGCCGCCGCAGGCCACGGACCCCGCGCCGUUCAGGGCAAGGGCUGGCAUCUGGCCCCAGGAAGCCUCUGCUUCCGCCUCGCCCGCAGGCGCGGUCCCGCUCACUCGCCGCGGCAGCUUCCCUUUCUGUCGGAACUCGUCAACCGCUGCGGCGGCAGGCGACCGCGCGGACGAAGCGCCGCCGGAGUUGGCGCCUCCUGCGCAAAGUUCGCCCCCAUCCUUUAGCCGCUCUCGCGCCUCGCCUGGCGAGCGCCUGCUGGCGUGUUCACUUCUCUCAGUCCAUCCCUUCCUGCCGUUUGCGCAGCAGCACCCCGACCAGCGGCUGCCCGCCGGCAUCGCGCAUACGCGCCAGGCCGCGCCGAGUGCGACGCAGGCGAGUCGGGGCGAAGGCGCGGCGGCCGCAGAAGCCACAGGAGCUGAGGAAGAGGGGCGGAAAGGUGGAGGGCGCGGCGAGAGUUGUCGAGGCGAGGAGGAGGAACGCCGCGCCCACCGCGGCGGCCUUCUCGCCGGGAGCGACGCGCAGCGGGCACCGAGGCAAAGCGGCGGCUUGGAGCCUGAGAACGAGGCGGGGCGCUUCCAGGCACGCGACGCUGGAGCUGAGCAGCAGCAGGCCACUGGGCGCGACGCGCGCACAGGAAGAAAGGCCUGCGCGGCGCCGCGGGCGGGGACGGUGUCGCGCGAGCCUGCAGCAGAGGGCUUGAAGACAGGUCGCCGCGCGAAGGAGGAAGUCGCAGCGGCGGAGGCGCCUUGCUCAGCGCGAGGCGCACGGGGAGCAGAGGCCGGCGGCUCUGGCCCAAAGGCAAAGCAGCUGGCGAACUCCAGCCAUCAAAGGGAAGAGGGCGAAGAAGUCUUUCUCGAUGCAAACGAAGGGUUGCCGAUGCGAGCGCGAGGGCAAGAGCGCAGCGCGGACUCGAAAUGCGACGCGAGUGAGUCCCUCGCUUCUCGUGCAGCGCACAGUCAAGAGGCCACUUCCAAACGAGGCGCCAAACCUACCGGUCUUUCCGUCUCGUCGACGUCCCGUGGAGCACGCACGCCCGCCGACUCGCCUUCGACUUGUCAGCUUUCGUCGUCUCGCUCGCGACGGGGCCGAUGCCCGCCGCCGGGGUGUUUAGCCACUAGGCAGGAAGCGCGCGACCUGGAAGGCCCCGCAGAAGCGGAAACAGUCCACACGCCGCUUUCCUCCGCCGUCCCGCCAACGCGCUGCGCCCCUUCUUCGACGGAGAGGCCGCCUGCAGGUGCAGCGUCGCCUGCGUCAGGCGCGCGGGGAGCGUUCGGGGUGUCCUCGCCUCGCAUGUUGCGUGCGGCCUUUCUGGCGGCUUCGGCCUCGUCGAGCGGUUUUCGAUGUGGGAGUGAGGAGAGGAAUCCGGUGCAGUGCGGGAGUUUCGAGAACGUUGAGGAAGACGAAAAAAGCUUGGAGGUCGUCUGUGCGCUAGAUGCCGAAAGAGUGAGCCGGGAGAAUCAGAGUCCCGCCGGCCGCAGGGCUGAGACUCCGCGCGCUGGAGCCGCGAGACUUCGACGCGAACGGACGACCCCCGCGGACCCCCGUGAAACCGACACACAGAGCGCGGCCGCCCAGGGCGGGGAGACUUCAGACUCCGAAGACUGCAGUUGCGUUCGUGCUCGGGGUGUUGGGCGCGAUGGUCACGAAGAAGCCGAGGAGAGUCGAUCCCCCCGAGGAGUCACCGGCAGAUGCUUGAGCGCAGAGGGCGGUCGUAAGGCAGAUCAACGGGGAAGGGCGCCAGGCCGCGGCGUGACGCGGCGCGGCGGAGGAAGCAGCAAACGAGAGAAUUCACAGGCGGGCGCACACGCAGAGAUCAGUGAGUACACGGUUGUUUCUUCGCCUGAAAAAGGACAACACAGGAGCCGCGGCCGAGGCAGGCAGGACGGUUCCGCGCGGGCGCGCUCUCAAAAAUCGUCCACGAAACCUCUCCCGCGUGCCGGCCUUUCAUUCUCUGCGCCUCAAGAAUGCGCCAGCGACCACGGAGACGAAGACUUUGCCUUCGUAGGGAGCACCUCACCAGUUGCUCUCAACGAUCUCUCGGCGUCUGCCUCGAGGUGCGCGCGGGCGCGGAGCUCGGGAGCAGAGGGCACUGCGGCCCGGCAUGGGGCGGAGACACAGGACAACGAUGUCGAAAAGAGAGACACCUGCGGCCGGAGAGCUGGUAAUGCAUCCGCGGCAGUUGCCUGCCUGGAGGACGGCUUCGGCGCAUGCGUUAGCGCGGAAAGUGAAAGCGGGUCGCGGGCCGGGUCGCCUUUUUCUUGUCAAGAUCGUGAUGCCCUCGAGCAGCUGCUGGGAAGCGGCGCGAACGAAGGGCUAGGCGAUUCGCAAGCGGCUUUCGACUGCUGCGAUUUGGCGCAGUCCCCCUCGAUGGAGGCGACAGUCGAGGAAGGAGCCCUCCCGGCGUCCGCGUCCGCGUGCUCCUCCACGCCUUCUCUCCCCAGCCCCGCGGCGCGUCCGGAUGAGCACGGCAGCGCUGCGUGCGCCUCACACUCUCUGUCCUCGACCUCUGUGGCUUUAUCUGUGUCUUCACUCUCGGCGCCACGUUCGUCGCGGGCCUCGAGUGCGUCGGGCUUCUCCGCCACGUCUGCGGGCGCUUCUGCGGCGACCGCGCAGGUGCCGCGCCCUCGAGGCCUGCAGGGUGCUGAACAGGGCGGGCUCCAGCGACAGCGGGGAGGCGCGCAGCUCGAGCCGGGGGCCUUCUGCUUCGUUUCCGCCAGCGGCGAAGACGACGCCCAGGAGGCGGGCGGCUCUCUCGAGCUUCCGACUGCUGGCGUGCCUAUGCAGGAGCAGGCUGCGGCCGCGGGAAGCGCCCAGGUCGAGCGCGCCGACGACGUCUGCGGAGGCAGCGGAGACGCGCCUCCAGUGGGGGCAGCAGCCUGCGGAGGCGUAGGCGCUCGAAGCGGCCUCCUCGGGGUUCGCAGUGCAGAGCCUGGUGCGCUCGACAGGGCGCUUGUCUGCGGAGAAGAGAAGAGAGAAGAGGGGCCCCCCGCGGAAGCCGCGACCGGGCGCGAGGGCGGAGAAGUAGAUGAGUGGAUGGUUCUGAAAAGGGGCUCGCGGAGCGAACGGGAGAAGGCGAAGCGCGAAUACGAGCAAUGGUGGGGUGUCAUGGCCGCGCCGCCGCCCCCCGCGGAGGUGCCGCGCCCUCCGCCGGCGAACCUCGAGCCCGAAGUCCACGCCUACGGAGGCGUGUACCGGCGUCGCGUAGUCGAGGGAAGGCCCAUGAGGAGGCGCACUCGCGCCGUGCCGCGAGCGAGCUGCGGCGGCUCGCCCGCGGCUGAGACCCGGUGCUCCCCUCCCUCAGAAGAGAGGCAGCCCGCGACGGCGGAUAUGCACGCGCCUGGCGGGGAGCAGCGCCGAGGUGAGGGAGGAGCAGCGGACGGAGAGGACGAAGAAGCUGCAGAGGACGCCGCGGUGAGGAGAGGCGGGGGACGCCCCCGUAGGUGCUCCAAGUGCCGCAGACAAGUCCCCAUUCUCCUCAGCCAAGAAGACUGCCUAGCCGCGGCGAUCGCGUACGAGAGAGGCCGAGGCCCGCAACUGCCUCACGUCGCGUUCAAUGAGGAGGGCACGAUGCUCUCCGCGACAGGCGGCGACGGAUCUGUGUAUGUCUUCGCGCUGCCGCCCGUCGCCUCUGGAGUCUCUUCGCCGCCAUCCGCGCCCGGGCUGUCUAUGCCAGAAGACCAGCCUCCGCUUCCUGUCUCCACUGGGAGUGGGGCUAGCCAAACACGAAGCUCAUCGAGUUCGCUGUCGACUGGCGCAGCGCGCUUCGCGGGCGCCGGUGAAGACUCACGCUUGCGCGCCCUCGCCUUGCAGGCGCUUCUUGGGCGUGCGUCUUUCGCAGAGGGUGGCGCGCAGGCGGCAGCAUCCGCUCCCCUGCUUGCCUCGCUGCGUUCAACGUCUUCGCUGUUUCUGCAUGUGCAGCGAAGCGGCGCAUCCGCAGAGGCGGAGGGACCAAAGGAAGACGAGUCGCAGACGAAGGCCUCGCUCUCCUCAUCGAUCGGGGACUACGCAACGUCCGCCGUUUCGUCGCUUCUGUCGUUCUUGCUGCCGGGCAGCGAGAGCCUGGUGAACGCGCAGAGCUGCUACUGCUACCUCCAGCUUCCCUGCUUCAACUACGUGCUCUCGCGGCAGUGCGUCGCCGUUGUGCUUCCCUCCGGCGCGGCCUCGCAGCCGCGGCCGCAGGGCCUCGAGAGUAGUAACCCUGGCGUCUCCUCGGGGGCUGACUCAGCGCGCGACGGAAAGAUUCAGAUUCUUGUCGCGACUUACUCGGGCUGCGCGUAUCUCUACGAGUACGGAGCCAGCUACACGCCUCCGCCGUCUCUCUCCGCAGUCGCUCUGCCGUCGCCUGCGGCCCCCGCGUCCUCGUCCGCCGCGGCGGCGGCAGUUUUCCCCCCGCCUCCAUCGCCGCCGCUCGCGGCGAAGGUCUCUGAGCUCAUAGUUGGCGCGCUGCAGGCGAGGCACAAGUCGGCGCGAGGCUGCGGCGCCAGGCUGCGAGGCGAAGUCCUGCUGCAGAGCUGCGACGCGAGUCUCUUCGAUGAAGAUGAUUCAUCAACGUAG